AUGCCGUCUUCUACUACUCUGACAACGAAGGUAGCCACUGGCUCACCGUAUCAGCUGGAUAACCCUCAGGUUGUGAAAGCUUCCACCGCCCUGCUGCGCCAUAUCAAGUCCAACCAGGAAGAGAAGGAGAAGACGGCGACUAAGAAGACUUUGAUUGGUGAUAAUGACUCGGAUGAUGAAGACACUCCUAUCAACAAUGAGGCGGUCUGGUUGUUGCUUACGACCAAGAAGCACGUUGUGGACAAGAACCGCCUGAAGCCUGGCAAGAUCGUUGUCCCCCACUCUCUUCACACAUCUCCCUCUCUCAGCAUCUGUGUGAUCACCGCCGAUCCUCAGCGCGGAUUCAAGGAUGUCGUUGCCGACCCCGCCUUCCCUCAGGAACUUUCGUCGCGUAUCGAGAAGGUCAUUGGCUUCAGUAAGCUGAAGGCCCGUUACCAAAGUUUCGAAAGCCGUCGCCAAUUAUUUUCUGAGCACGAUGUCUUCCUUGCCGAUGACCGGAUUAUCACUCGCCUGAUUCCCACUCUUGGCAAGAUUUUCUACAAGUCCAGCAAGCGUCCGAUUCCCAUCCGUAUCGCCGAAAUUGAGAAGGUCGAUGGCAAGCGCGUCAAGAAAGACCCUAAGCAGAAAAAGCCCGCCAAGGAUGAAAAGAAGGCAUCUUUCGCCGCGCCUCUGAUUUGUGCGAAGGAGAUUGAGCGCACUCUGCACUGUGCCGCCGUCCAGCUGGCACCCUCUACUUCGUCCGCUAUCCGUGUGGGCUCCUCCAAUUUCACCGCCGAGCAAUUGUCCGAGAACAUCAGUGCCGUCGUGAACGGCAUGGCCGAGAAGUUCAUCAACAAGGGCUGGAGGAACAUCAAGGCAAUCCACGUCAAGGGUGCAAACACCAUGGCUCUUCCUAUUUGGCUGGCCAAUGAGCUGUGGGUGGAAGACGGCGACGUGGUGGAGGAAGAUCAGGCUGCAGCUAUCGAGGAAGCAUCCAAGGCUGGCAAGAAGCGCAAGUCCACUGGCGAAGAGAAGCUCCUCGAGGCCAAGAAGACCAAGAAGACCAAGUCCGCCGAGGACGAGGAUGAGGCCGGGGCUGCCGCUGCCAGGAAAGAGAAGCUCCAGAAGCAAAAGGCCAAGGCUCUCGAGGAUGGUGAGCCUAUUGUGGCCGAAGCCGCAAAGGCUGGCAAGAAGAAGAGAAAGUCUACCUCAUAG